AUGGCGCGGAUACUGCUGCACACCCUACCAAUGGAGCUGCUACUCCUGGUGACCAGUUUUUUGUCUGCCGUGGACGUCUCUUGUCUGGCUUUAUGCAACCGCCGACUUUUCUCACUCUCCUCCUGUUUCCGUGAUAUGAACCCUCAAAUGCGAUUCAAGCUACUAGUCAGACUUGCUCGCCACCUACCGCAAUACCAUGCUUGUUACGGAUGUCGGAAACUUCACCUCUGGCGAUUUAUUGAUUUACCAAGUCAAUUCUUCGACCUGCCAAGUUGCUUCGACCGACACACGCUCAAGGAGGAAGAGCUUUAUCUUUAUCUGCGACUCGAUGUCAUGCAGUUCAUCACCAUUCCGCCUUCGCCUCUCAACUUCCACUUCGUACAUCUUCACCUUGCCAUGAGACGAUUCUACUUUGGCCCAGAUUUUGGCAUCGCUACGGAGUCUUUGUCGCGUACUGAUGUGUGCCUGUUUCGACCAAUUUAUCUUCGGCGUUACUACAAAGAAAGGGUACCUAGUGGAAGCCCGUUUGCCUCUUACCGAACGGGAUUGAAUUCUUUUGAAGCCCGUGCUUGUGCAAACCCUCCAGGUUUAUGUCUACGGAUACAGCAUCUGGCGGUAGUCGAGCGAAAAAAUCUUUUUGAUCUUUGCAACCAGGACGAAUAUAUCCAAAUUUGUAACCACAUUGGAAAUUUCACAAGUAGGUUCUACACAACUGUCAAUGACCUUUUUCAGGAGUACCGACAUAGCACACAACGUGCUGAUAUACUUCUUCGUGAAGGGAUGUGUGACCAAUGUAGCACGUCCUGGAAGCUGGAGCUUCGUGAGAUCGAGGAGAAUGAAAUCUGUUUGUGUCUGACUCGGUGGAUAGAUCUGGGACCGGGCCUAGAGCCUGAGGAUAGUCGAUAG